GUAAGCAGUGACCUAACAUAUAACAUGGUUACCCCUCCAAUGGCAUUUUCACCCUCCUCCCUUUGAAUUUUAUUCCCUCUUUCUUUCCAAAUCUCUAAAUCCACUUUUCUUCUUCUUCUGAAACCACAGACUCUCUCUCUCUCAGGUCUGACUUGAACCAAAAAGAAAAUCCAUGGAGAGGAACAGUUUUGGUAAUAGCUUGAAAGACCAUAGUAAUGGCUGCAAUGACGACAACAACGGAAAGAACAACCAGACAGGCUACAAGGUUAAGGAUCCGGGUAUCGGAGACGAUUUCCUCGCCGGGUUUUCAUGGCCACCAAGGUCUUACACUUGCAGCUUCUGCAAACGAGAAUUUAGAUCGGCUCAAGCUCUGGGUGGUCACAUGAAUGUCCACAGGAGAGAUAGAGCCAGGUUAAGAACAUCACCUCCAAGUGACUGUCAUGCUCAUCCCCCGUUUUUGAACCUUAAUCUUAACCCUAACCCUAACCCUAGUUUUUCUUCUUCUUCUUCCACAUUUCCUCCCCUUCCUUCUUUGUCCUCUCCGAAAUGGCGCGUCAACGGUACCCUCAUCGACUCUUUGGCCUUGGAUUCGACCCGCGUCGUCAUGAAGGAUACUACGAAACCGAUUUUUGGUGUCAAAGAACUCAAAGAUUAUGGCAAGUUGAUGGAGAUGAAGACUGAUCAUCAUCAGUAUGUAACCUUGGAGACUGGUCUGGUUAGUGAUUCAAAGGAAGAUUUGGACUUGGAACUUAGAUUGGGGUACUCAUAGGCCUAAUCAAUGUAUGCUUUUCGAUUUCGCAUGCUCAUCGCACUCAUACUCAUUCACUGGGAAUUCAACUGGAUCAU